AUGGCAGUGGCCGCAGCCCUGGCUGGCCUCCAGGCAGAAGCCAAGUGUCCCGUCUGCCUGGACGGCCUGCACGACCCUGUCACCAUCGAAUGCGGGCACAACUUCUGCCGCCGCUGCAUCCAGCGGUCCUGGGCUGAGCUGGAGGACACGUUCCCUUGUCCCGUGUGCCGCCACUCGUGCCAGGAGCCGCACGUGAGGAGCAACACCCAGCUGGGCAGGAUGAUCGAGGUGGCUAGGCUGCUCCACAGCAGCAGGAGCAGCAGCAGCAGGAGGAGCCAGCAGUGUCCCCUGUGCGAGCGGCACGACCAGGUCCUGAGCCUCUUCUGUGAGGAUGACCUGGAGGUGCUGUGUGCCCUGUGCGCGCAGACCCCUAAGCACCGCAGCCACGUGCUGAGGCCCCUGGCCGAGGCCGCCGCUGACCACCGCCAGAGGCUGGGCGGUUACGUGGGGCCUUUGAAGAGGCAGGUGGCGGAAGCCCAGAGUCUGCUGGUAGCCCAGGACAGAAAGGUGCUGGAGCUGCGGGAGCACGUGCAGCGUCAGCGGCUGGAGCUGGCCUCGGAUUUCGCGCAGCUCAACCGGGCUGUGGACCGCGAGCAGGAGGCCGCCCUGGCCAGGCUGGUCCAGGAGGAGCACACCAUCCACGAGCAGCUGGGCGCCAACAUCGCGGCCUUCUCAGACCACAUCUGGGAGCUCCGCGGCCUCCUGCAGGAGGUGACAGAGCGGAGCGUGCUGCCAGGGGCCCAGCUGCUGAGAGGCAUCGGGCCCGUCCUGGGCAGGUGCGAGAGCCUCAAGUGCCCUGAGGUCUACUCCUUCCAGCUGCGGCGGGAAGGCUGCAGCCUCCCCGCGCAGCACUCAGCUCUGCAGAAGAUCAUCCAGAAGUUCCCCGAGGACGUGAUCCUGGACCCCGAAAGCGCGCAUCCCGACCUGCUGGUGUCAGAGGAUGGAAAGUCCGCGACCUUGGCGAGGAAGAGGCAGGGGGUUCCCCGAGCUGGGAGCUCCGGGGCGGAGCCUGCAGUGCUGGGCCUGGGGGGCUUUGGGCGGGGCCGGCGGUACUGGGAGGUGCGGGUGGGCGGGGCCACGUGGGCCGUGGGCCUCUGCACGGACUCUGCCCCCAGGCCCAGAGCCUGGCUCUUGGAGGACCAGAGAGGCUCCUGGACGGUGGGCCGGCGCGAAGGGGCCUACGAGGCCCGCGGCCCCGCGGGCACUGUCCCUCUGGAGCUGCAGGAGGAUCCCGGCGGGAUUGGCGUCUAUCUGGAUUAUGAACUGGGAGUGAUUUCCUUCUACAGUUUCAAGGACAGGUCCCACAUCUACUCUUUCAGCGAUACCUUUUCCGAGGUGCUGAAGCCCUACUUCUCUAUCGGGUGCUCUUCUCAGCCUCUUACCAUCUGCGCAGUAAGAGGUUACGGAGAGACAUCAGAGACUUUGCCUUCCUUGCUUCCUUCCUGA